UCUUUUUUUCUCCCCCUGGCAUUUCCUGGCAGUAAAGGUUCCUCAUCAUUUCCUGUUUUACAAAAAAAAAAGUGAAGUUACUCAACUUCCACAUUGAUGUCUCAUUCGACUUUAAGCUUACUGGUGCUCUCACAAGCUGGACACGUUCUUUUCACAAAGGCAGCACGUAGUGCAGUGCAAGCAGUGCCAACUCUACUGGAGUUUUCCACAGGCAGCUGUUGCACGGUGUGAGGUUCUUUUGCUGUUCACUGGUGUUUGGAGAGAAUGGGAGGUUCCUCCUCAAAAUCAAAACCAGUUGCACCAGUGCCCAUUUCCACCACUGUCACAGUACAUACCACUGUACAGACCUCUACUGCUGCCUUACCAGACUCAGAAGGCGAAUCCUUGUUUGACAACCCUGACAUAUUCUACUUAGCACUGGCCUUUAUCUCUGGCAUCCUGUCAACUCUUCUGGUGGUUGCAGUCGUCUGCCUCAUCAGGAAAAGGUAUAAGAGAUCCCAAGAAAACCUACAAGAACAAAUUCCCUCCAAGGCACAACGUGAGGAAUCUGCUGAAAACAUCCAGAAUGAGGUUUUUUAUGCCUCUGUGGUCAUCAAGCCCCAACCGAAAGCAGCGCCUGUGUGACAGUGGAAUUUGACACAUGAACACCUGCACCUUGUGCAUGCUGGAUGCCAUUGCUGGAUUGUUGCACGGAGGAUGGCGGUGCUCUGCGAGGUAUCCAGGCUGCAGUACAUAACAUCAGCUGAAUUCAUAGCUAGGAGGGGAAAACAGCAUCUCCAUCUCUACAACUCUCGCCAACACUGGGGACAAACUGCUUUCAACACCACCUUCCCUCAUCUGGAGCAAUCCUGGUGACCGCUUGUUGCACAGUUUCCGUGUGGGUUUCCGCUUUUGCUUGGAACUGCUGAGGAGAACUGAAAAACAGAAGUGUUUCUCUGCACCUGUCCACAUCUGUGUCCUUAUUUCCCUGUUCAGUCACUGGCUGCAGCAUUUUUUGAUAAGAGCGCCCAACGCUUUGAUUGAAGCGCUGAAUUACAUCAUGAUGCACCGCUGUGGGGCAGCACCGAGCAGCCGCCGGAAACACCCGAGCAAAGUUUGAUCCGCGUUAUUCUAAGGUGUAACGUUCUGUGCUUUCUGUUUGUUUGUUUGUUUUUGCCUGCUGAAAGCAAUCGGUUCCAUCUACUGACAGCGGUCACGUCGCCAAGCUGUGAUGCACUCGUGCAGUGACUUCCUUUGCCAGCUGCUUUGUGAAGGGUGGGACCCUGUAACGGGGUGGGUUUGGGCAGCAGCAAGGAUUACAUCAGAUGUUGAACUAAGAUCUCUGAUCUUUGUUAAAGGAGCAGGCACUGCGUUUAUGUAGCUUACUGAGCUACAGAACAGAAUGAUGCACUCCCCUUUGUUUUUUUUUCCUAGACCACUUUUACCGUGCAAAGAUGGAGAAAAAAGAGACUUGCCUUUAAUUGCCUGUGUUCAGUUUAACUCCCUGAAACUAAGCUGUGCUAUAGCAUCUACUGCAGUUUUGGAGCUGUAGGGACACCUGCUAAAACAGAGCAGGGAUUUCAUGCAGCACGUUGACUUUGCAUAAAAUCCACUUAAUAUUUAUUAUCCUUAAUGGAAGCGUGGCAGCACUGACUGCAGCACAAGCUGACCAGACUUCAUCUGAUCAUCGAAAUGGACAGGAGAUGAUGGGUGUAAGAGGAGGCAGUGAGGACAUCCUGCACUGCAAGCAUUUAUCCUGUUUCUCAGUGCAC